CUGCUGUUUAGGCUGUGCUAGCUUGAUUUGUAAACAAGGUCCUGGCUAGAGGUUCCAUUUUUCUUGUGCGACACCGAGAUCAACAUGGGGGGAGUUCUCGGGCUGUGCACGGCAGCGAGCUGGAUUCCCUGCCUGUGUGGUAGCGCGCCAUGCCUGCUGUGCCGAUGCUGCCCAAGUGGAAACAAUUCCACAGUAACUCGCCUUAUCUAUGCCUUCUUCUUACUGCUUGGAGUAGUGGUGGCUUGCGUGAUGUUGGCGCCGGGGAUGGAGGAGCAGCUCAAAAAGAUUCCGGGUUUUUGUGACGGAGGGAUUGGAUCAUCAAUCCCAGGAGUGAGCGGUCAUGUGAACUGUGAUGUUCUGGUUGGGUACAAGGCUGUGUAUCGUGUGUGCUUUGGCAUGGCCAUGUUCUUCCUUCUCUUUUCGCUCCUAAUGAUUAAAGUGAAGAGCAGCCAGGAUCCCCGAGCCUCGGUGCACAACGGAUUUUGGUUCUUUAAGUUUGGUGCAGCUAUUGCAAUUACAGUUGGUGCAUUUUUCAUCCCCGAGGGGCCCUUCACAACAGUUUGGUUUUACGUUGGCAUGGGUGGCGCCUUCUGCUUCAUCCUCAUUCAGCUGGUGUUGCUCAUCGACUUUGCUCAUUCUUGGAAUGAAUCUUGGGUUGAGAAAAUGGAGGAAGGAAACUCAAGGUGUUGGUAUGCAGCUUUACUGUCUGCUACUGGAAUAAACUAUGCCUUGUCCCUCGUUGCUGUAGUGCUUUUUUACAUAUAUUACACCCACCCUGAAGGCUGCACUGAAAACAAGGCUUUUAUCAGUGUGAACAUGCUUCUGUGCGUUGGGGCCUCCAUAAUGUCUGUUUUGCCUAAAAUCCAGGAAUCUCAACCUAGAUCGGGAUUACUUCAGUCUUCGGUGAUUACCAUUUACACCAUGUAUCUGACGUGGUCUGCAAUGACUAAUGAGCCAGAUAGGAAAUGCAACCCCAGCUUGCUUAAUAUCAUUGGCUACAACACUACCAGCACUCCAGGGAAGGGCCAGGUUGUACAGUGGUGGGAUGCUCAGGGAAUCGUGGGACUUGUUGUCUUCUUGCUGUGUGUCCUGUAUUCCAGCAUUCGUACGUCUAACAACAGCCAAGUGAACAAACUAACCCUAACUAGUGAUGAGACCACCCUUAUUGAAGAUGGGAUCAGCAGGAGUGAUGGCUCCCUGGAUGAUUCUGACAGCUCUCGCCGUGCAGUGGAUAAUGAGCAGGAUGGGGUUACCUACAGCUACUCGUUUUUCCAUUUUAUGCUUUUCCUGGCAUCUCUCUAUAUAAUGAUGACCCUGACAAAUUGGUACAGUCCUGAUUCUACUUAUGAAACGAUGACUAGUAAAUGGCCAUCGGUCUGGGUGAAGAUCUCCUCCAGCUGGGUGUGCAUUGUGCUGUACGUCUGGACGCUGGUUGCUCCAUUGGUGCUCAGCAAUCGUGAUUUUGACUAGGUCGUACGCGGAUGAGUCUUAUUUAAGUAUCUUAAAUGUGCCGGGAGCAUUAACUGUUUCUGCAUGCCCUGUAAUAGUAUUUCACUUAGCGCAUGGUGUUACAUUGUAGUAGGAAGCUACUAUCCAUAAACGAGCAGUCUGUAGUGGUGGUUUCCAACAAUAUUUUACUUGCUAGUGCAGUGCAACAAUUUAACCCAUUUUACUUGUGUUUUCUCUAUUUUAUUAUUUGCACUUUUCCCAUGUACCGCAGUGGGUCCAGAUCUUGCCUUUUUUCCCCACCACCAUUCUAUUAAGUGGUAGAAAGGCCAAAGUCGUAGAUUGAUGUAGCGUGGUAAGUGUCCGAUAACCUUAUCGUGAAUGGACAAAUGCUAGCAGAUAACAUGACCUUUUGAUUUCUCACUGUCCUUGUUGCUGGUAUUUUCAGAUACUGACUGAUAAGGAGAGAGCACAGGGUGGGCUUUUUCUUCUGAAUGUGAAAUGUAAUCAAAUCUCGGUUUAUUUGCAGGUCAGAAUUGUGUGUAUGUGUUAAUGUAUUGUAGUUUAAAAUGUGUGCAAUCUUGACAAUUGUAUUAACCCUGCGUAUAUUGUAUAAAGCUGUAUGCAAUUUCAUGUUACUCUGUAUUGCUUUGCAUUGGUGGACUGCAGCCAUUGUUCUGCAGACACUACCUGAUUUUGAGUUUUGUGAGUUAUUAAAAUAAGGCAACAUCCC